AUGGGUUCGGCUUCUAAGCCAUCUCCGUCGGCGGCGGCCGCGCCUAGCCGGCGCAAGGUGGCGCUCUGCCUGGCGCUCCUCACCCUGCAGUACGGCGCCCAGCCCCUAAUCUCCAAGCGCUGCGUCGGGCGAGAAGUUAUAGUAACUUCAUUGGUUCUUGCAAUUGAAGUAUUAAAGGUUAUAUGUGCUGUCAUUUUAUUACUGGCAGAGGGCAGUCUGAAGAAGCAAUUCAGUAAUUGGAGUCUUGUCGGAUCGCUGACUGCGUCAGGACUUCCUGCUGCAAUCUAUGCACUUCAGAAUAGCCUGUUGCAGAUAUCAUACAAGAAUUUAGAUUCCCUGACCUUUUCAAUCCUUAAUCAGACCAAGCUAUUAUUCACAGCAUUCUUCACGUAUCUUAUUUUGGGGCAAAAACAAUCACCCAAACAAAUUUUAGCAUUAACCCUCUUAAUCAGCGCGGCUGUCCUUUUAAGCAUUGGGGAGAGUAGCAGGAAAGGUGUAAGUGGUGGUAGCUCUGAUUAUGUCUUACUCUAUGGAAUCAUUCCUGUGACGGUCGCAUCAGUGUUGUCUGGUUUGGCCUCUUCCUUGUGUCAGUGGGCAUCCCAGGUAAAAAAGCAUACGUCCUAUAUGAUGACUAUCGAGAUGUCAUUUAUUGGGAGUAUGUGCUUGUUAGCAAGUACCUUUCAGUCACCAGACGGAGAAGCCCUGAGAAAAUAUGGUUUUUUCCAUGAAUGGACUUUGUGGACAGUGAUACCAGUGUUAAUGAAUGCUUUGGGUGGAAUCCUUGUGGGUCUUGUCACAUCUUAUGCAGGAGGUGUUAAAAAGGGUUUUGUGAUUGUCUCAGCUCUCCUCGUAACUGCAUUACUACAGUUUAUAUUUGAUGGGAAGCCGCCAUCAGUCUACUGCCUGAUGGCAUUACCACUUGUCAUGGCAAGCAUAUUCAUUUACCAGAAAUAUCCAUAUGUUGAUAGAAAGAAGAAAGACUGAUAAAGAUGCUGGUCAGAGAAGGGUUUUACUUAGCAUCAGCACAACAUAGUAUUAACCCACCACGAAAGGUGAAGUUUGCUCUCAGAAGGGGGGCAUAUUUGACCUUUAGUAGUAUCUGUUAGUGGAGCUAUGUAUCAACCAUCUGCCAAUCCCGACAUCAACUGAAUUACAAGCUUCACUAAGCAUUAACCUGUAAUUGAUACCAGUCAAUUUUAUGCUGGUUGUAUUCCCUUUUAGUAUUGAGUUACUGUUACGUCGACCAAACUUUUGUGAGUACUGUAUCAUGGAGAACAUGAAGAACUGCCUGUAUGCUCUUGCACUGAUUGUUUGCACUUUAAACAAGGGCCAUCGUCCUUUUUCAGUUU